AUGGUGAAUGCAAUGAGUCAAUCGGCGAAUGUGUCAACGCUCGUAUUCCGUGUCACUGCAGCUAGGGCGGCAUUGGGUGCGAACAUCCCCGCGGUUGUGCUCGAGGCCCCGGGCAAGCUCGAGUCUACGUUUUGUCAAGACCGAAACAACGACGACGAAACAAGAGCGGUCUAUAUAUCCCCAUCAUCCACUCCCCUCCCGCCGAACUUUUACCUCCAUGGCGCCCCCGACGUCACGGGCACCGGCGGUGACUUUUCCGGCGCCGAAAAAGCCCUCGUGGAGUUGACGGCCCAGCUUACGGGGACGCCGUACGAAGCGCUAGCCCUGACGGCUCUGAGCGGUGGCAACGCCAACUUCAUCUUCCACGCCGUCCUCAAGAACCCGCUGCCGGACGGCACCCGCGAGGUGGUGGUCAAGCACGGCGAGGGCUUCGUGGCCGCCAACCCAAACUUUAAGAUCUCUAUAGACCGAUGUGAAAUCGAAGUAGGCGCGCUCCAGGCCGUCAAUGCGUUUGCGCCGGUCCAGGCCGGUAGCUGGACCGUCAGGGCGCCCAAGACCAUCUUCUUCGACCCAGCGCUCAACAACCACGUCCAAGAGUGCAAACCCGCGGCCAAGAGCCUCAAAGAGUACGCCCUCCGCCACUUCGCCACCUCCUCGCCCGCCUUGGAAGUCUCUUCCGUGUCCCUAGGCACCUCCCUCGGAACGUGGCUCCGAGCCUUCCACGCCUGGGCCAACGACCCGACCCGGGCCGACCUCCGGCAACUCGCCGCUCGGAACCAGCAGCUCCAGGGUAUCAAGCAGUACAUCAACUACGGCAGCCUCGUCUCGAGGAUAGAUAGCUUCCCCGCCAUCCUGUCUGACAGCAGGGCUCUAUUCGAGCAAGUAGCCCAGGCCACGGCCGACGAGAUCGUGGAUCCGGACCGGCUGAGCGUGAUCCACGGCGACUUCUGGACCGGAAAACUCCGCCGACCAAGUCUCCCAAAAGAAGUCUUCGUCGUCGACUGGGAAAUGUUCCAGCUCGGCGUCUUCGCCGCCGACAUUGGCCAGAUGAUCACCGAACUCUACGAGCUCAAGCUCUACAAGGACAUCGACGCCGGGCUAUGGAUCAUCCAGGGCCUCUGCGCCGGCUACGGAGUCCUCGACAAGGACGUCGCGUUCCGCGCACUCGUCACCGUCGGCGCCCACCUCCUCUGCUUCGGCACCACCGUCGCCGGUUGGGGGACCCCGGACAUGGUCGAGCAGGUUGCGCGCGAAGGAAGGGAUAUCUUGACCGCGGCGUGGGCCAAGGACGAGGCCUUCUUCGAGAAUCAUCCUCUCGGGUGCGUCCUUUCGGGUGCGUCCUAG